AAAAUCAUUCUGGUCCUUCAAAUCCAACGGCUGAUAUUCCACGGCGGUCAGAAUCAUCGAAAUCGCGGUGGUUUCAAAAUCUCCCUAAACAUAUAAAUAAACAAAAUUGUUUAUUCAUUUUUCUUUUUUGUUGAAAGGUAACGUUAAUGGUUAUGUAGUUAGGGUUUUGUUUGAUUAACGGAGAUCAUGUCAUCAAUGAUUGAAACUCUAAGGCCAAUUACACACACCAAAUUUCAUGGUUCAUGCCUGCUUCGUUCUCAAUCUAGGGUUUUCCUUCACUGUAACCGUUUUAUUACGAGUCCGACGUCGUUUCCUCCGAUAGUUUCUUCUUCGCAGACCCUAGGAGGCGUUUGGGGAGGUGGAUUUUUGAGAAAUCAUCAGAAGAUAAGGGAGUACAGGAUUUUAGCUAAUUGUCAAGAUAGUGAUUCAUCAACAACAACAACAGCAACAACAGCAGCAGCAGCAAAUUCAAGUGAUAACAGAACAGAAACAGAAGGGCAAAAGAGUAGUAAUAGUAAUAAUAAUUCUUCAUCAAAUUCAGGCCCUAAACAGAGAAAAGGGAAAAGUCAAUGGUGGUGGUCAAAGAAACAGACUUGGAGAUGGCAACCGUUGAUUCAAGUACAAGAAAUUGGUGUUGUACUUUUGCAAUUAGGGAUUGUUAUGUUUGUUAUGCGGUUACUCCGACCCGGAAUUACUUUACCCGGCUCGGAACCCAGGCAACAGACUACUUUUAUCAGUGUGCCGUAUAGUGAAUUCUUGAGUAAGAUUAGUUGUAAUCAAGUGCAGAAAGUUGAAGUUGAUGGUGUGCAUAUUAUGUUUAAAUUGAAAAACGAAGGGAUUAUUAGCAGUGAGGUUAGUGAAGGGAUUAAUAGUAACAGUAAGUUUCAAGAAUCGGAAUCUUUGUUGAGGAGUGUUUCGCCUACUACUAAGAGAAUUGUUUAUACGACUACUAGGCCUACUGAUAUUAAAACUCCUUAUGAGAAAAUGCUUGAGAAUCAGGUUGAAUUUGGUUCUCCCGAUAAAAGGUCUGGUGGAUUCUUGAACUCUGCUUUGAUAGCAUUGUUCUAUGUGGCUGUGCUUGCAGGGCUUCUUCACCGGUUCCCUGUUACCUUUUCUCAGCAUACAGCUGGUCAAAUUAGGAAUCGCAACUCUGGGGGCUCUGGCGGUGCAAAAGUGUCUGACCAAGGAGAAACAAUCACUUUUGCUGAUGUCGCUGGUGUCGAUGAGGCCAAAGAAGAGCUGGAAGAGAUUGUGGAAUUCCUCAGGAAUCCGGACAGGUAUAUAAGACUUGGUGCCCGCCCUCCUCGAGGUGUUCUUUUGGUUGGUCUUCCUGGGACUGGUAAGACUCUUUUGGCAAAGGCUGUUGCUGGAGAAGCUGAAGUGCCAUUCAUAAGUUGUUCUGCUAGUGAAUUUGUCGAAUUAUAUGUGGGAAUGGGUGCAUCCCGUGUGAGAGAUCUCUUUGCUCGGGCAAAGAAGGAGGCACCAUCAAUCAUCUUCAUCGACGAGAUAGAUGCUGUGGCAAAAAGCCGUGAUGGGAAAUUUCGUAUUGUCAGCAAUGAUGAACGGGAGCAAACUUUGAAUCAAUUGCUUACUGAAAUGGACGGGUUUGAUAGCAAUUCCGCUGUUAUUGUUCUUGGCGCAACAAACAGAUCAGAUGUCUUAGAUCCUGCACUUCGACGACCAGGAAGAUUCGAUCGCGUGGUUAUGGUGGAAACACCUGAUAGGAAGGGAAGAGAAGCUAUUCUAAAAGUGCACGUUUCUAAGAAAGAGCUUCCUCUUGGAGAGGAAGUUGACCUGAGUGAUAUCGCGUCUAUGACCACUGGUUUUACUGGGGCUGAUCUUGCAAAUCUGGUUAAUGAAGCUGCUUUAUUGGCCGGGAGAAAUAAUAAAAUAGUAGUUGAGAAAGUUGAUUUUAUUCAUGCAGUGGAGCGCGCAAUAGCUGGUAUAGAGAAAAAGACUGCCAAGUUACAAGGAAGUGAGAAGGCGGUGGUUGCACGUCAUGAAGCUGGUCAUGCAGUGGUAGGUACUGCCAUUGCCAGUCUCCUUCCUGGACAGCCCCGUGUUGAGAAAUUAAGCAUAUUACCCAGGUCGGGAGGGGCAUUGGGCUUUACUUAUACACCUCCAACAAACGAGGAUAGAUAUUUGCUCUUCAUUGAUGAGUUACGUGGUCGCAUAGUUACUCUUCUUGGAGGACGUGCAGCAGAAGAAGUUGUUUAUUCAGGUCGUGUUUCAACAGGUGCACUGGAUGAUAUACGGCGAGCUACUGACAUGGCAUAUAAGGCAGUAGCAGAAUAUGGUCUUAAUCAAACAAUAGGACCUCUGUCUCUUGCUACACUCUCUGGAGGUGGAAUGGAUGAAUCUGGAGCUGCUCCAUGGGGAAGGGAUCAGGGCCAUCUUGUUGAUCUUGUUCAAAGAGAAGUGAAAGUAUUGCUGCAAUCUGCCCUAGAAGUAGCACUUUUGGUGGUUCGUGCUAAUCCAACUGUCUUGGAGGGGCUUGGUGCCCAUUUAGAAGAGAAAGAGAAAGUAGAAGGUGAGGAGUUGCAAGAGUGGUUGAAGUUGGUGGUUGCUCCGAAAGAACUUUCACUCUUUAUCAAAGGCAAGCAAGAGUCCCUUGUCCCACUGCAGGCUGCCUCAUGAUAGCAACGUCUUGUGUAUCAGCUCUGCAGUUUCAAGCAAAAUGCAGAGUUAACUUACAGCUCUACUUGCCAGCACAGCCUUUUGCAUGGCUUGAACUCACCCUUACAACAUUGUAUAUUUCACCGAGGUAAGUUUUGGCUGCAUUUUAACUGUAACAGCCUUGAACUACUCGAAGUGGGGGGAAAAGCUGAAGCUUUACUUAUUCCAUAGCCUUCUCCAAAGGUCUUGCCAUAUUAACGUCACCUUUGAUUUUGGUUUUUGAAAUUGUUCUAUAUUGGCUAUAGAGUCGAUACAGGUUUUGACUGUCAUCAAUUGUAACUGUUAUUUAGCUCUACACAUGAUUAUUAUAUGAAAAAUACAAUAAUAUGAGAUAUGUUGGUUCACAAAGACUUUGUGCAUACAAGCACUGUACAUAUUUAUUACAAUAAUAUUACAAUUUACACCUGCA